AUGCUCGGAGCGCGGGGCGGCGCGCGGGGCGGCGGUCCUGCAGUGCGGGGCGGCGGCGGGCGGCGCGCGGGGCGGAGCGGGGGCGCGCACAGGAGCUGCGGCGCGAGCGGCGGCGGGCGCGCACCGAGGCGGCGCCGCGUGUCCCUCCGGCCCCAGCACCGCGCGGGACCCCGGGCCCUGCGCCCUCCUCCGCACCGCGGACAGACCCCCGCCCGCAGCGUGAGAAGGAGGAGGGAAAGGAGACGGCAGAAGAGAGAAUUUCAUUUCCAAAGAUCAAAACAAAAGGUGGAGCAGGUUGAGGCAGAUCGUGAGCAGCCGGGCGGAAAGCGAGGGAGGCGAUUUCCGCGCCGACCCGAGCGGAGCGGAGCGCGGGGGCUCUGCGGGGGCCGGGAUGUGCGCGGCUGCGGAGGGAGGGAGGGAGCGCGGGCGGGGCUGUCCGACCGGCGCAACUUUGCGCGCCAGCAUCGCUUCGAAAUAGGUGGCUCGCACCCGGAGGGACGUGGUGUGUCUGUGGGGCGAGGGGAGGAACGCCUGCCGCUACCCCGAGGGCUUCUUCGCCCUCCUGUUCCAUCCCCCGCCGGGAAGGAGCGGGUCCUGGCCGCGGGGUGCGGGGGGAGCGCGGUGCUCAGCGCCGCGGCGGGGGCGCACCGGGACACGGGGGCUCAGCCCGUGCGGGCGCUGCCAGAAGGGACCCCAGCACCGCCGCCCUCCGCACAGCUCGGUCCCCGGGCACGGCGAGCUGCUCGGUCCCCGCCGCUCGCUGCCCCUGCCGCCGGCUCCCCCGGUGCGAGGCUUUUCCCGCCUGCCCAGAGGUGUCCCCACCCCCCGGAGUCCCCCGCUCUCCCCACUGCCCCCACGAGGGAACGCCUCCCUCCUCCCACCCCAGCCAGGCGAUCCCCUUCCUGCAUGAAGCCACUUGCAAGGUUCCCCCCACCCCAACUUCGCAUCCCGUCCCCAGUGCCAGGAGCCUUUCCUCGGCUGGGUGUUCCUCCCUGGCUUGCCCCGUCCUGGGCUGCCUCCUCCGGCCUCUGGCGUGCGGAGAAACCGUCGGGGACUGGGAGGGAAAGGGGAAGGGGGGUUGAUGUUACGCGAUUGCAGACCCUCCAUUUCCCCGGCCCUGGAGGAGCCCGUUCGGGGGCUUUGGGAGGUGGGACGGGGCUCUCCGCCUUCCUCGGGCAAGGGGCAGCUGGAGCCGGAGCGGGCGGAGCUCCCGCUGCCGCGCAGGUACCGCGCUCCCGAAUCCCGCACUUCCCGGAGCAGUGCAGCAAGGCGGGGAGGGGGUUCACCUGCACCUCCAGCCUUUUCGGCUGACGAGCAAACCUGCGGAUUACAGAGUGGUGAAAACACCCGCCUUUUCAUUAAAAUUGAAGGGUGAUUGCUUGGGCAUUAAACACAUAGCCAAUUAUCAAAAGGCCAAAUACAUGAAUAAAUUCCAUGUUCUCGUACAGAAGAUGGUUAAUGUAACAGAUGGGUUUAAGAGAUACAGGUACUUCUCCCAACAGUUCUGGUGGUGAUAUAUUUUUAGCAAUGUUUUGUUGUUAGUGUGCCUUUGUGCAUUCUCUUCCUUUAUAUAUUGGAAAGUUCAGAUCUCAGAGGUAUUCUUUAUGAAGAAUAAAAAGAUGGACAUAUUUUAUAACCAGAAUAUGAUAUGCAACAGAUUAAUCACACAGAAAAAUAAGUGUAUGUGGAAGCUCAGCCUCUGUAGACUACAUAAUCACUGUCCCUUUCAGAACGUGUGCUUCCUUGUAGUUGUUUCUGUCACACAUUUUCAGAGUCAGUAGUUUUCACUACUAGCCUAUUACUUGAGAGAAUGCCUUUCCUUUUUAAAGAACAUAGUUCAUUUAAGAACAUGAGUUUUCUUGAAAGAUCUUUUACAAUUUUUUUACAGUGUUCAUACAGCACAAUCCAUUUCAGGUUUGUGGACCACAAUCAAUUCUAAUUAAAACUUUAAUUAUGUUUUUUCUUCAUUCAAACAAAGCAUGAAGUAGUCUGAGCUGAUGUUGCUGUCAAGGAAAAGUAAGGAAACAUGUUCUUCAUCUUGGUUAUGUGUUAUCCCUGCCUUUUAAUUAAGGACUGAAUCUUUAAUCUAAUUAUUUAUCCACAAACUUUUAUGACAUCGGGCUGCAAUAUUUAACCAGGUUUUAGGUUGUCUUCUUGACUGAUACAAAACUAUACCUGCACACCACUGAUUUUUCAACGUGCUUCUUGUUCUGGAACAUCCAGCUAUUGCCAACAGAUCAGUUGUGUCAUCAAGUGGCAUCUACUCCGGAGUACCACAGCGUUAUGUAACUCACAGCACAGAGCAAAUGCCAGAGAUGUCUCCGCUGCUGUCGGUCUGGUUGUGCAGUUCCCUGUGUGCCUUCCCCUGCUGUAUUGUACCAGAAGAGUCAGAGCUGAUACCACCCCUCAGCACAGCCAGAAAGAAAACUGCUCUGGCCAGAAUGAUGAGGCCAAAUCUACCUGGGAUGUGAUGGGGCAGGGCAGGCUGGGGCAGAGCAGAGCAGAGGAAAUGAGGCUGUCUGUGCAGGUUGAGAGCAGUGCAGUGCCUCUGGCUUUGGUGCUGUUUGGAAAAGGCUCCACAUGUGACAUCCUGCUGACUGCAGCAUGUCUGGGAUCUGGGGGGAUCCAACAUUCCUUCCAGCAGGGUCCUCCUAGAGAACUGCAGCACCAUUGUGCUGCUACGGGCCUCUUGACUUUGCUUUCUGUCUAUACAUUAAGUAUAGCUGCAGGAAGGAUCUAAAUCUGAGGAUACAGGGUCCCUUAACAAACACACGAACGUGGUGAACUUUGUUGUGGGUGAUUCCAUAAUUGUUUACAUUUCAAGCUGUUGUCCUGGUUCUGUUUUUUGCUUUUGGGAUUGUAAUGUUAUGUCUACGUGCGCAAUGGAUUCCUAAGCUUUUUUGUAUUGUAUCUGUGCCUCACGCUCCCAUUUUAGGUAUUCAGUUCUGUCGACCAUUACAGCUUCCCAUAGAUUUCCAGAAAUUUGUGUCACUUGGCCAAAAAGUGCUGGCUCAUCCUGUAAUUGUGAAUCAAACAGCAAUGUACACUAAUUGAAGAUUGAGUUAGAAAAUUUAAAGUAUGGUAGACAGAUUUGGUUGCAAAGUCCUAAGAAGUGAAGCACACAGCACUUACCCUGAGCAGCUGUGCUCUCGUCUGUGAUGUUAAACAUUGUCAGCACUGGUCUUUAUCCUUUUGUUUUUAAUAGGUGUUGUUUUAGCAGUAUGCACUGGGGCUAAAUACCCUUUGGCUUUUGAGUGGUCUGUAAAGAAGCUUGUUUCCAGGGUCUCUGCUUUCAAGAGCUUUUCCACAUUUGGAUGUGAAUGUGACUGAAAGGACAAUAAUACACUUGUAGGAAAUCAAGGCAGAUUAUUAGAGAUGGUCUCAUUGAUGAAAGUUGAAAAAAGCAAGUAGUUUCAAGGAGAGAGUUGAGGAGAAAAAGAUAAAAGCCACUUGAUAGUCAAAAUCGCUGAUUUGUUUAUAAAAAUAUCAAGCUGUUUUUCUUUGUGAUUAUUCCCCUGAGGAAAGUAAGGAAUAGAAUGUGUUUAGUAAAAUAACUUGUAAAACCACAGCUAAUUGAAAUAAAUUGUGCUCCUUGGGAGUGAAAGGACAACUGCAUCUUUUUUUGAACUAAGCAUGAUGUGUUCUGAAAUUAUGAUAUCAAGGACAAAGGAGUACACAUUACAGAUACUUUUGAAGAUUUUCUCCCUGAAAUAAACCCUAAAAAGUCAUAUAUAUAAUCCCAGACUGUAAAAAUUAGUGGAAUAUAUUACAACUUUCUCAGUUUCACUGUUGAAAAAUCAGGAGUUUGCUACAUUUUUGAGUUUGUCAAGAACCUACAAGCUUUGAAAUAAUGAGAAGUGAUAAUUUGAGAUUACCAAGUAGAUCUUUUAAGAUAAUUAUAAUAAAAUAAUUUCUUAAUAGGAAGAUAAAAAAUUUUUAAAUAACUUUACCAUCACAAAGCCUUUUGUGGAAGAUUAUCUACACAGUCUGUAUUAAAAGAGUCUGAAUUGAUGUGCAGGAAAAAAGAUGUAAUGGUGAUUCCUAUAGUUUUUACACCAAUAUAAAUAUGAGAUACUAAACUUUUUGGUUAAAAUGACAUUUUAUCAUUUUUGGCUUAAAGCAGAUUUAAUCUUAAAUAAUUGAUGAUUUCAGAGAAGCAUCAUACAGCACUAUUAAAUAACAGAAAAUAGCCAUUUUACUUAUUUCUUGUUUACUAACUUAGACUUUCUCAAAGUUCAUUUAUGAGAAGGUCUAAAAAUGGAGAGCCAUAAUGAUAAGACAAGUGGUGUUGAAAUUUUUUUUUGGUCCUGUCAAGGUAUUUUCAUACAGUAGUUAGGCAUAAAAAAGUAGUAUCUUUUGUUUUAACUUCUAAUGAGUUGAAUCAACCAAUAUAAUAUCAACCAAUGGGAUUACUAUGGUCACUCAAGCUUCGUACAAGUCAAACUUUAUACUCAAAAAGAAAACAAGUUGUGACAGUAAUUUACAGAGUUUUUAGACUAAUAAAUAUAAGGCCCCAAAACUUUUGAUGAAAAUUACUUUUAUUAGUUUUAACUUCUAGCUAAAUAGGAAGUUGUAUGUUAGAAAAGAAAGCUCUUAGGUUCAUAAAUGUUUGAAUCUACAAGGGAGAUUAAUGAACAUUUUAACCAUGCCUAGCAGAGGCCAUAGCAUUUGACUCAGUGAUGCCUUUACUCUCCUUUUACAUGCAAAUUUGGGGGAGGGGAAAAAAUCAUUCUUGGUUUAAAGAUCAUAGAGAAUGGAAAAUGUAUCUCUGUUCUCACUAAGGUUUUUUAGUAAUUAAUUAUCCUAAGUGUUAAAAUGUGAUAAUUCUGGACUUAAUUACAAGUUCUUGAAUACUCAAUCCCCAAAGCAGUUAAAAAAAAUCUUAACUAGAUCAACUGUUGAGCCUGGUGUGCGUAGGGUACCUAUGACUUGAUUUUAAUAGCUGAAAAUAAUUUCACAAUGGUUAUAUAUUACUGAAAUUUUAUUUUUUUAAAUGAAAGUUUAGUGUUCCACUUUAUAGAAAACAUUUUUACUCAAAAGUAGAUAUUAAGUCAUUCACUGUAAGAUGGAAUCAAAUAGCAGUGAGGAGACAUGAAUAUGAUCCGUUUUGUGAACUGCAUUUGAGAAUAUAUGUGGUUUAAUUAGACUUUAUUCAGAAUGGAGUAGUCUAAAAUUAGAAACUAUUUAUAAAAGAUCUUCCAAUACAGCAUAUUUCUCUGUACUCUUAUCUGCUAUAUUUAGAAAUACAAAGUAACUGAAGACUCUUAGAGAAUGAAAUAUGAGAUAUUAGUUAGUAGUUAGAAUUAAAAUGCUUUUUUUUUUUAGUAGAAGUUGUUUUAUAUAGAGGAAAAAGUUAAGAUUUUCUAAAGUUAGUGAAAGUGAACAUUUAAAAAAGUUUUUAGCUCUGAAAAUAAAAUCAGCUUAUAUAAUGGAAAUGCUGCAAAAAGUUAUUUGUGCAGUUAUUGUUAACAUCCAGCACAUAUCCAGUCAAUUUUAUUACAAUGAUCUUACAUUACACCAGAACAUAUACUAUUUUUAAGCAGCAAUUUUUCCUUUUAAAUAUACAUUUUUAAAAGCAUACAAAUGAGUAACAAUCUGUGAAUGUUCUUGAAAUUUGUGUUUUAAAUGGCAUAAAAGACUUUUAAUUUGGAAAAUUGAUAGCCUGAAAAGUGGUUUUAGUUUGAUUCAUGAAACAUCUGAUGAUACUGAUGAUUUUUGCCAACCAGACUGACUUGUACAGAAGGACUGCAUCUUCAAAUGUCUAACAAAGUUUCAUCUGCUUUUUUGGUGUUGUUUUUUGUUGAUUUUUAAAAAUAUUGUUGUUUAGUUGAGGUCUUUUUAUUUGUUUGUUUUUUUUAAUCUGGCUUGGAUAUGUCGCAUCAACCACAUUGUAAGGUUGAACAAUGCUCAACAAAGAGCUCCAGUUGACUCGGAAUCUGGUCCCUGCCAUCUGUGUGAUGAGAAAAUUUAGAAUAUUAGUAUGAAAUCAAUAUGUUACAUGUUUAACCUUGUUAAAACUUUAUAUCAUGUAUCCUUAAAUAAAGAGAGUCAAAUAAUCACAAACAGGUUUUUCCAUAUGCAUAAAUAUUCUUGCCUCCUUCUGUCAGUGAAAUCCUAACAAUACAGCACUAUUGCUGAAUUGCCAAAGUGUUUAACCAGAAGUAGCUUCUAAGACUCCUUUUCCUCCUCAGGUGUGGUAAGAAAACCACAAAGUAGCCUUGAUCAUUCGUCAUAAAUAGGUUUUGAUUGCAAGAGUUGUCCUCCACACGGGGUGAGUUCUUAGCUAUUUAGUUAAAUGGCUAUUGUUUAUUCAUUUUAAUUCCUCUUUGGGAAAAUAGGAGGGUUAGAAGGGGCUGUGAUGUUUUUACAUUUUUCUCACGUGUCUGCCACAAAGAGGUGCUACUGGAACACAGAUCAGUAAGUAACACUUGUUUCUACAUGGUUUAAGAGGAGAACAUAACUCAGUCAGGCUUCCCACUCUGUUGUAUGAGAAUGUAAUCAUGAAGUGUCAACAGGUUCUAACUGCCUCAUGUCUUAUCUUAUCCUUAGCUUUUACUGAUCCCUUUUUUCCUCCCUCUCUGGCUCUGCUUCCUGUCUUUGAUUCUGCUCCAAAAUCUCCUGUUGCCUAAGAGCCUCCCUCUCCUUGAUGAUGCUGGCUGUGCUUGUUUAAGCAUGGUGGAUGCCUCCUUUUUCUUGCAUUUUAGCUAUGGUUUUGGGUUUGUUUUUUAAACAAUGGGCUUUAUAAAACAAGAAUCUGGCUGUUGCAUAUGUUCUAGAAAGUGCAGCUGUAUGUAGAAUGCCAUAAGGGUAAAUACUUGUAUUAAAAUUCUAACAUAAAAGAUACAUACUGUGCCUAUGACCUGUGCAGAAAGAUAGGGUGCGUGUGCAGAGAUUGAAUGGAGUGACUGAGCCAAUCCUUGCCUGGUAGCAGCGACUGGCUUUGCCUCCUGCAGGGCUGAUUAGGUACAAUCACACUCGUUCUGCUUCCCCCCAUGGGGCUGGUCACAGUGGCAAAGCCAGAGUGGAAAGCUGAGGCACACUCUGUUCUCCAGCUCUUGGGCUGCCCUGUAGAUAUACCCUUGAAUAUGUCCUAAACAGCUGGGUUUGUAUAUAGAUAUCUCUAGAUAUGGACAAGGUAUCUGGCACUUCCAAAGAGAAGUCUGUAAGAAGUCACAGUACAAUGUAAACAGAUGUUGAGUACAGCUGUGUUCUUUCUGUGUGUCUCUGCUUUUUCUGCUCUCUUCAGUGCCUUAACUCUACCGCAGUGCAAGACCCAAGAUGUUCUUGUAAAUCCACAGCCUAUGUACUUCUCUUUCUGUUUUUUUUUUUCCUGUGAUGUGGAAUUUUGGGGUAAGACGAUUCAGUAGAGACUGAAAAUGUUACAGUAAUUUAUCAUAACAUUCCCUGUGGUUUUUAUUCCUGCAUAAUGCUAUAAAUAGUUCUAUUAUAUGUACCUAUCAUCUAACACAGUUGUUGUCAAUUUGCUUAACAAAACUUACCACUUCAAGUCCUUCAGUUUCAGUUACAAAGCAGUUUGCUUUCUUUAGAUGAAAAUGAGCUAGAGAACUGUUGGCUAGUUACUUCUAUUGUUUGUGAGUUACAUUAUUUUAGAUUAUUACCUUCUUCAAAUAUUUGUAACCAACUGUAGAUUUUUUCAUAAUGUGCAACCAGUAAAUAAAUGAAAACAGUGUAAGAUCUGAAUUGUUGCUUGAGAAAUCCAUGGUAUAUAUAAAAUACAAGAGUAAUUUUUAUUUCAGUAUCAAAUGGUCCUAUCAUUACUUUGUGUUGCCUUUUUAAUGUUGGUGAAUUAAAGCUAGUUAAUUUAAAAUUAAAAAUAACACUGCAACUUCUGUGCUACAAAUACAUGAAAAAUAACUGUCUGACUAUGACUUGAGUUUUAGUGGGUGUCUUGCAUUGCACAGUCAGCUGAGGAGGAGACGGAUAUUUUUUAAAUUGCACUUUCUUUCCAUAUAGAUUGCAAGGUCUUGCAGUAUGUGACUCAUUUCAGCUACUAGCAUCUCUGUUGCCAACAGGAGUGUAUUAGUGAAGACCAAUAACAAUAUAUCAAUGUCAGCUCAUCUCCAGAUAAAAGAAAGAGUUCAUGAAAUGUUCAAGGUUGUUCUGGUGUUGUAUGUAACAGAGAUAGCUGGAGAUUGUAGGUUUUGUAUUGCCCAGUAAACCCAUCCAUUUACUGUUGACAGUAUUGAUAUAUUCAGGUCUUCAACAUCUGAAGCUGUGUGAGGCACCUAACACAUUUCCUUGUUUUUCCAACUCUGCAUUUUAUCACUUUAACUUACGAGAUUCUCAAGUCUACGAAGACCUACACAGCAGCUUGCAGCCACUUCAGUCCUGUGCUUCUGAUUUCCUUUGAAAAUACCCUCAAGAAGUUUGAAGAAAUUAGCAUUUUUGGUUUGUUCUGAAUGGGCAAAGUUGUGGUAUCACUCUGGGCACUUGACUAAUGAGGUACUUUUGCAUAAACAUUUAGUCUGGGAGAAAGAAACAAACAAACUAGAAAGGUAGCAAAUUCACACAAGUUAUAAAAGCAAAGUCACCUUCUCACAACUGUGCUAUGCUACUUUGCCAUGCUUUAAAAAUUCAAAUUACAGUAAAAGUGAGUUACGUGUGGUUGUACAAUGAAAAGAAAUGUGUGCCAUCAGUGGGCAGUGGCAUUAGCAGCACUACUGACAAAUGCUGACAUCAGGAAAUCCUUAGGAACACAUGAAAAGACGGCUUGAUGGUCAUUAUAAAAAAUUACCGUAGAGUUAAAUGUGAAAUGGAGAUUUCUGGAUUAAUCCCUUCCUGAAGUAACUGGACCAAAGUCCAAGGCCAUACUAAUGUAAGGACUCAUUCUCUGAGCUGAUCUGUCUGAUCCCUACUGAAAAACAUUUGAUCAAGGAAUGGAUUUGAAUACUGCAGAGUACAUGCUAAACCACCACAAUGUCUGUGAGUGACUAGAUUUAAAUACAUGGGAGAAUCUGUUGCUUUGAACACACAGAGCUGACUGGAAAGGUAGGUGUAAGUGUUCAGCAAGCUCUUAGCCUAAAGACGAGACUCAGGGAAAAGGAGAAGGUGUGAUCAUGAAUCAUGUCAGAGAUGUAGGCAGGAUCAGAUCUGUGAGGAUUUCAGUGCUGGGGAGAUUCAUUUUAAAUGAAUCAAAAAGGAGGAGGGGAGCGAGGAAAAGGAGCAGGAAAACAUUUGAAGAUAGGAGAAGGCAAAGGUGUCAACAUCUAGGAAACACUGAAUGGAGUCUCUCACAAAAAGGGUGAUUAAUAUGAAAAGUACUAACAGAUGCACCACUUUUUGUGAUUUUUUAGGUGUUGUGAGAAAUCUCCACAGGGAAAAUUUGAAUUUGCAGGAAAUAUUGAAUUUAAUGAUAAAUCCAUCUGAUUCUGGCCGCUUUUCUCUGAACUGCUUCUGAUGUAAUGACAGACAAGCUGUGUCAGAACUGUGCUAGGGCAGAAGCACCUGAGUUAGGUGCCCAGAGGAAACUCCUACUGAAAUGCCAAUGACUACCUGAGCUGUGACGAUUUCUCGUAUGCUGUGUGUCAGAUGAGUGAUAGGUGCAGCUGUUGGAGAAAAGGAAGGAGAAUUGAGAUGGUUUUCAGUCACAUAUAAUUCCUAAAAAUGACCACAGAAACACCCCCAGUGCAGGCUCUCUCCGGCAGUGAGCUGUGUGUGGGUGUGGGGGAAUUUGCUCAUCUAAAGGCAUUUGGGACGUGAAACUAAGUGGAGAGAAGGAUUGGAAAAUAAAAUGUGAAGUAUUUGCAUAAGACAUUAUAUGUUUUCUCAUAUGAUUCAUUGAUCUUAUGACUGAACAGCUGCUCUUAAAAAUUCUUCUUUUCUGAAGUAAAAACCUGUUUGGAGAGCUGAUUUUGAAGAAUUUAUGUGAUAAGUUGCUCAUUGUUUUGCAUUUGUAUUUAUGUGCCAUGUAAUUUUUGACUGCUGAUGUCAGAUUUGAAUGGGAUAUGGCAACUACAGUAUUGGCAAAUUUGUAAAAUUUAACAUGAUUUCAUUCACUUAAUAUUACGUGAUGAUGAUGCAGAAGGCAGAAACAUUCCUUGUCCAAGAGCUUUUGGAGAAUUGAUGGCAAAGCAGAGGACAGGAUCCCAAACCUUUAUUCUCAAAAAACUGUAGAACCUAUUUCACACAGGUGCUUGACCACAGUGCUAUAACUGAAAUUCCUGUCAUGGGAGGGGCUCAGCACUGAUAAAUUUCAAGAGGCUGUACGAAGCCUCAAACAUUUCCUAGUUGUUACUAGUCAAGGUGGAAAAGCAUUUGGCAACUUGUGUAAAUUUUUCACCUCUAAGUAUAUCAAAGGCAUACAUCAGUAAAGGCCAGUCUGCCUCAAAAGCGUUGUUCCCACAGUUCUGAUGUCAUUCCCAUAUCCAUGAUUGUCUUCUGUCAGAGACAAGUAGUACAAGAUUUGCAGGGGGAGUGACCACAUCUGGGGGUUUAAAAGAAGGAAGGUGCAGGAGUAGAAAUUUGGAUGAAAGCAGUGUUCUGUUGGGCUCCUGGUGUGACACUGGUGUGCCCCAGGCUGUCUGGGCUGUGUCUGAUUGCCCCAGCCCAGUGGUCUGUUCUGGAAGCAGGAGGGGGAACAUGGCACCAUGGCACCAGCUUGAGCUGAGCUCUCCUUCCAGCCCAACCCAGCCUUUCCUGGCAGGGCUUUAUGGCCUAUUUUUUUGUGGUUUAUCUCACCCAAAUGACCCUUUUUUCCCUUUUCUGUGUAAAAAAUCAUGACCAGUUUUUUCUUACCUAGCUUGCACAUGACCACAGAAAUCCUGGGAUAUACACAAGACAUUGGGUAAGGAGUUCUUUCCAAAAGUGAAUAUGGUUCUUUGAAGAGUAUAAACCCUUUUUGGCAGGAGAACUGGAUUGUGUCAGAUUGAAAUUGGUGUGUAAUCAUCCCAUGGUGCAAUGGGAGCAAUGCAGAGCUGUGAUCUGCUUCUGACCUAUUCCUGGGGCUUGUCUUUCCUCUUGGCUCUCUGAGGUAUUUGGUAGGAAGCUGAACAUUGCAGUUUAGUAAUAUUGGAAGACCUUAUAAAUUGUUACAGGAGCUUGUGUGUAGUUGAUGAACUAAAGAUUUAACAAAAUUAUUAAAUAAUAAUAGUAAGUAACAAGUAAUAAAAAUAAUAAAUAUUGUGUACCUUACAUUUCAAUCAUUAGUAUCAGCAGCAGUCUAAUUUUGGAAUGUUUAUGAAGUGGAAACAAGGAGGUAUUUACACGUCUCCCAGUUUCCUGUGCUUUUGCUGGUGAGAUCUGUUGGGUGGUGUUGUGAUAAUGAUGAUCCACUUGGACUAAAUCUGAUGAGGAGUGAACUGCAGAGCAUAGACUGGGCUCUUUAAGUAGAUAGUGAGGAGGUGCACCUCUCUGUUAUCUCUGGUUUUUAAUUACACUGGAUUAAUGACAUCAUUAUAUUGCAUUUACAUGCAAUUCUUAUGUCAGUUUUAAUUAUUAGUUAAGCCAUAAUACUUGACAUAUUUUUCCGUUUUAGGCUUUUGCAUAAAAUACAGGUGUCAACAUGCUCACUGCAUAUGCAUGCAAUAUUGUCAAAGUAUUAUGAAAAAAUAAGGUCAGACCAGUUUCUCAUUUGCAUUUGAAGUUAUCCUUUAGAAAGAAGCAUGAGUCUGACCCCUGUGCUUUUUACCAUACAGCUAAAUUGUAAAGCUCUAUAAUCUACAGACAAAUUCCAUUUUAGACAGGCUUUGUAGCUUUCCGCCUUGGACAUUAGCAUUAGCUGGAACUCAGUUUGACUGUGAAUGAAGAGAAAUGUGAGGAUUUCUCAGAACAAUGCAGAGAACAGGAAUAACCAGUUACAUUCUGCCAAUCCACAGGUUGUGCCUGAGAUUUGUCACUGCAGUAAACCUUGGCAGGAGUGGCUAUUAUCCACUCUUCCUUGUUUCAGAGGGGCAUGGGUGUGACAAUGUAAAGUCCAAUACCUGAUAAAAGUAGUGUUUUUAAAAGUACUAGAGCAGAAGAACAUGAAAAGUAUGUAUUUUAUGUGGAAUGGUUCAUAAGUUGUGUUCUUUCUGGUUUUCCUUUUAAAAAUCCCUUGCUUCUUUGGCCAGCCAUGGGUGAUCAUUACUUCCCAUUUAUUAUUAUGGCAAAGUAUUUUUAAAAAUGGAGUAAUUUGAGCACCAGUCAUGCUGGAUAUAAGCCAAUUCAACUCCAUCAGGCUCCAUCAAGUUGUUAUUAAGUGCUCUCCAAGUCCACAUUAUGGAAGACAAAAGAUUUGCCAUGUGUAAGAGUUGGUUAUACAUUUUUUUUCAGCACAUCCAGACUCAGGAGCUCAGACAGCAAACUUUCCAGCUUAGGUGUGUAUUCUAAAAGUAGAACUACACAGUCUGGUUGUUUUUUUAACAAACAAACUUGCCACUUUUACUCUGCUCCUGCAGUAGACUAUUGAAUGGGACUUCUUAUCACACUGAAAAAUUUAAAUGUAUGCUUCAGCUGCAGUGGGACUUUGCUAACAGCUCUGCAUCCCAUGGCUCGCUGAAAGGGCUCAGUCACUUGAAACUUCACUUAUUUUUUCUGCCAGAAGCUCUUUGACAGCACAUGCCCUAAUGUGUCGCUGCAGUAUAACUUGUUCCCAGGGGAAUAGAUGAACAAGCAGGGAGGAAAUGAUCAUCCUGCCUCUCUUCCUGGGCAGCUUGCAUCAAUUAGGAGGCAAGGUUGCUCCCUGCACUCUGGCAUUCCUGCAAGGACUUUCCAUAUCUGUCUUCCACUCAGCUAAAAUCAAAACAAGCUGCUAGUAGUGGAAAAGCAGAAUAGGCUGGUGGGAAGUGGCAAGCAGCUCUUCCUGUGGUGAGCAGAUGAAGUAGCUUUUAAAAAGAUUAUGAUAGAAAUGUAGUCACUAGCUUACUCAACCUAUCUCAAUUUUUUCUCCUAAGUUUAUCAGAUUAUUUCUUUGAGUUUUGUGUCAGAAAUAAUCUCCUGUGCAUCUGUAUUGCAUAUAUUACCUUAUGUCUAGACUGCUUUUGACUGGAAUACAUAUUUUCUUGGCUGGGAAGUAGGUGGUGUGGAGUGAAGCACAGAGGAUGCUGCUGAGGUCCUGUUUCUGCAUCUGGUGUGGGCACAGCCAGCCAGCACCGGGUGUGUGCCUUGGGCAGGCUGGGGAGAGCUGUGCUGGGGACAAGCCCAGGAGCUGGGGCAGUUCUGAAAUCCAGUGCAGGUCACCUCUGCCCCCCCAGUUAGUGACGGCUGGCACCUCCCAUGAAGCGCCUCCAAGACAGUGCAAACCUGAAGACUGCACAGACAGCUUGAAUAAUGACCCAUUCUUCCCUAAGAUAUAAACAUCCCACAUCAGUUCUGCCCAGGUCACAAGUUUAACAUUGCAUUUUCCUGAGGUCUGUGUGAACCUUGGGGUAAAAAGCUUUGUGCUUGUCUGGGUCACACACAAGACUCAGGAUAUUGUGCCAUUACCUCUGCUCUGUAAGUAGGUUCUGGGAGAGCCUAAAUUACAUUUACCUACACUGUUCAUGGAGGAAUUUGCAAAUCUACCAUAUGGUAUUGUAUAGAGUACAUAGAUUUAUAAAAUAUUCAGCACCAGUCUGCAUAGCUUGUGUAGGGACAUAGGGAUCUGUGGGGAUUCUUUUAAAGUAGAUUUAAUUUAAUUUAAUUUAAAUAUUUUAAAAAGGAUUCUAUAGCUCAGUGCAGAAUCUUUAACUCUUUUGAUUAUUUUUAUGUGGUAAUUUUCCUGCCAGUGUGGAAUGUUUUGGAGUGGAACAAACCUUUCCAUUAGACCAGGUUGCUCAAAGCCCCAUACAGCCUGGUCUUGAACUCUUCUAGGGAUUGGACAUCCACAACUUCUCUGAGCAACCUGUUUCAGUUGUGCACCACCCUCACCGUAAAGAAUCCUACUAUUGGUAAUCCAUUAUAACAAUUAAUAAAUAAUAUGAAAUUUAUUACUGUUGGAAUCUAGGUCUGUGUAUUUUAUACCUUCUAUAAGGGAGGCUUUAUAGCAGCCUUCCAGUACCAGAAGGGGUAAAGCUGCAGAAGGAGUUUUUACAAGGGCAUGGGGUCAUAGGACAAGGGGUAAUGGCUUUAGACUGAAAGAGGACAGGUUUAGAUUAGAUGUUAGCAAGAAAUUUUCCACUAGUUUUUCACACCUCAUGCUGGCAGGCUGUGCCCACACCAGAUUUUUCACUAUGAGCAUGGUGAGAGAAGUUGUAGGUGCCACAGCCCAGGAAAUGUUCAAGGCCAGACUGGAUGGGGCUUUCAGCAGCCUGGUCUAGCGAAAGUUGUCCCUGGCCAUUGCAGGGGUGGUGGAACUGGAUGAUCUUUCAGGUCUCUUCCAAGCCAAAUUAUAUGGUUCUAUGAAAAAUGAGAGCCCACAUUUUUUUAGUAAAGUGAAUAGCAAAGAGAAGUUCUCCUGUUCCAGAUGCUCUUUGGGAAAUGCUAUUCCAAGAUGGUUCCAUGUAUAAGUACUCUUACUGUAGGGGAUUAUUAUUCAUUGGAAACAUAACUGUAUUAAAAAGAUGUUUUUCUGAAGAAUAAGGAAGGAAUGAGACUUGUCACGUUGAAUUUCUCAGAAAUGCCUUGUGUAUUUCAUAUCUACUACCAAUUUUAAUUUAAACUAUUGUUCAAGUAUAGGCAUGUUCAUGAUGAUUAAAUCAUUAUAAAUGUUUGAAGGAAUUACAGAAACUUGAAAAAUUCAGUUACCAAGGAAAUAAAAUUAGUUCUCUAUAUGUGAGAAUAGAAAGCUAAGCCUGAGACUAAAGCCACAGCUCCAUAAAUGGUCUUGCUGCACAUCAUGUUCCUACCCACAAAAUCCAGGAUGCAAUUACCUGGCUUUAUUAGGCACAAAAGAAGGGUUGUCCCAGGAAGAAAUUACCUCAUCUUGAGGUUGGACCUAAGACAAAACUCCCUGCUCCUGAGAAAGGUGUAUUUACCUUUCUCAGGGUUUCCUUGCUGCUCCUGAGGCAAUUGGUGGUUAAUUGGAGGUUAACAUCUCCAUUUUGUCUCAGUGCCACAGUCAGCCUCCGUUCUUUUUCCAAAAGCUCAGCUUUGUCUGAGAUGCCACCAUGUGACCCGUGGAGCUCGCUGCUGGUAAGCAAAGCUUGACGGACAGCCUACACUGUUUCCAGGGUGUAGGAAACAUUGGGAAAUACUGACAAGAUCAGUGUGAUGAAGUAAAUAGUAUUCUCCAGCUGCUCUUUGUCUUACUUUGAAAACAUUACUUUUUAUGGCCACAGAUUUUCCAAUGGGAAACACUGAAUACAGUUCAGGACCAGCUUUAUCUAGGCUUCCACUGGUCCUAACUCCAAGAAACUAUUUGGCUCCUUGUGCUGUAACAGUGUUAGAAUUAAUUCUGGUUUCUGACAGAAAAUCACCCUGGAGUUAGUGCCUAAGGCUGCUAAUGUUAGUGCUGCAUUUUAGCAUCAGCAUUUUUGAUGCAUAAAUAACUGUUGCAUUAUGUCUCUAUCUAAUAUCCUUUCUCAAGUAUAGCAUUUGGGGCACAUUUAAUGGUAUUUGGUUAUUUAAAAAGUGCUCUGUCAGAGCAUACCACAGGUAUCUAGGUGGUGGAUGUAGUGUUGCUAUUUAUAUCAUAGUGCUCUACAAAUAUUAAUAACACUCUGCUUCAGAGUGAGCUAUAGCCAUAAACCUGUAAAACAACUCCCCACAGUUCAUCUUGAUAGUCUGUUGAAAUUGGACUGCUCUGACUAUACCCCCUUCAGGCUCACCGCCAGUCUCAUAUUUUAUCCUGAAAUUCCACAAGGAGACACUCAAAAUAAACACUGCACUAGCAAUUGCUUGAAUUAUACUUAAGGCAGUAGAGAGCAUUGGUUUCACUUUAGCCUCUCUGUGGCUUUCUUGAAAAUCCACAAAGUUUGACCUUCUGAAUACACUUUGCUCUUAUUUGUCUCCCCUGUUGACUGCAGUGGGAACUGAAUGAGUGCAGCUGAGAAGGGAAUGGGUAUAUCAUAGAUGCUAACCUGUUAUGACUAAAUUAUCCCUGUUAUGACUAAAUUAUCCCUGUAAGUCCCACGUUCCCCAGCCCCAGGAACUUUAUACAGUGCAUAUCUCCUCACUAGCUUGCUUUCAGCAAAAAUACAGCUAUUAGAUUCACUUUUGAGUUUUC